UACUGCUGAGUACUCCUAGAAGCACCGAUAAUGGCCCCUAAUAGCUCUUGGAAACCUUACACGUCACUAACAGAGGCUCCCACCAACCUGAAGGAGGCCAUUGACUGGGUCCUGAGGGUAACUGGUAGGGAUGGUAAAGAACUGAACAAGGAUACUGGCUAUCAAGGAGAAAGUGAUGGCGAUGACAACAGCAAGGGCCCCCAAAAAAAGAGAGUCACAGAGUGCCUCAAUGGGCUAUUCUCCCUAGUCCAGGGGCUAGGUGGCACUCUCGUGGUCCGGACAUAUAUAGACCAGUUGGCACAAGUACUCAGUGCACUCAUUGGGUGGAGUAGGAUAGAGAAGUGUUGGAACGGUGGCUGCAGUGGUAGUAGUGGCCAUGGGAAUCAACAUGGCAAAGAUGGCUCGUGCGAGUAUCUUAAGGAUGUGCAGAAGAACGAUCCGUGUAAGGACUGUGAAUGUAUGAAAUGGGAUGAUCCCAAGCCGGACAGUAAUGAAGGACACCACCUAGGAAGGAGGUGUACAAGGUGUAGUGAUGAUAAGAAGAAGCCGUGUAAGUGUGGUGGUACUAGUGGUGACUCCUGUACUGCUGAGACUUGCAAAUGCGCUUUAGCAGGCAAAUGCUGCAAGUGUUAUUGCAAGGGGAAGGGAUGUGGAUGUAGUAAAAAGGAGUGUAGUUGUGUUGAAGACAAUGACAAGGGCACAUAUAAAGGUGGCCAUCGUAUAUACAAGGAUAUAUAUCAGUCGGCAUAUGGAGAGAUGUUGUUUCCAUCAAUAUAUAUUGAUGACUAUUUGGCGAUGAAACCCGUAUGGACAGAUCUACUGGAGAGGGGUGGAAGUGUGACCCCCUCCCAUCGCCGUCACCAAUGUGCCCGUAUUUUCCUAGGGUCAGUAUGUCUCAUCUGGAGUGGAAUCACCUAUAUGUAUUGGACAGGAAAGUGGGCCAAGGGUAGCCCACGGUGGAACAAUAAUAUUUUGAAUGGUAGUGGUCUAGAUGAUGGUACCCUAUCCCAAUGGCUCCAGGCCUUAGGGUUUCCUAGGGAUAUGUUGAAUAACCAUGGGCCGAAAAAUAGAUGGGAUGCAGUUAUAUGGGAUGGGAUUAGGGGUAAGCUAUAUUUGGGAUUCCCGGAUACUGGUAAUGGUAGUCCUGUCCAUGGCCAAGACAACAGUGAUAAUACAUUCAGAAAUCCGGCUGGUAUGAACUAUGCAGGAUAUAUACAUACUUUAGAGAAGGGUGCAUUUUGCAGCAACGCUACUAUCUUCCAUAAGAAUGCUAAUGGCGCCACCAGCAUAGCUGAAGAAAACAUCAACAAAUGUGGUGCAUUGUACAAGCUCUACAUUCUAUCGUGUGCCUAUUUCACUGGGUUACAGAACAAAGCGCCGCCGAAGGCGGAAAAUAAAACUCCCCGAACAAUCCGUGAAAUCCUCUACUGGCUCAGUGCAUUGCCCUAUAGUACGGCAUAUCCAAAGAUACUGAAGCAUUCCAAAGGAGUAUUGAAGAAGGUAGCACCAGAAAAGGAUGGUACUAAAACGCUCUCAUUCCUUCAAACAGGCCGUUCAGCUCCAAUUACCGUUGAUGAAUUCAACCUGUUUGCCCACUUCCAAGCAGUGACCCAGUACUGCCCACUGGUCCUCAUCGGUAUCCAGGGUGGACUCAAGGGCGCUGAUAGCACUAAAGAACCUGCCAUUCACUCCCUCUAUGCCAACACGGAGUGCCACUUCACCUACCCAUCAGUGCCCAUCCAAGCAUACAACCAGGUGGUCCACUACAUUAGGGCCCUGUUCUACCAACUCUACUUCCUUAGGAAGCAAUGUGCCAUGAAAGUGGCUCUAGGAGGCAAAUGGCGUGAAUGUAGGUAUGGUGAUGGGGUGCUUGGGAAGGAUGUGGUUAGCUGGAUGUGCCUGGGGUGUAGCCCCAUGGAACAUGAUAGGAAAAAGAGGGUUGAUAAGGUAAAGGGGGAGAUACUGAAGGGGAUAAAGGAGAGUGAUAAGCUCGCAGGGGGGCUAAAAACAUUAUUGGAAAAGAUUGGCGAGGUAGUGGUACAAUUGGGUAAUGCCCAGGAGGCAUUGGAAGGGAAGAAGAAGGAUGCUAUAGAGGGGGUGAAGAAGGCACUAGAGAAGGCUAAGAAGGCACUAGAGAGUGCUAGGACGGGACUGGAGGCGGCGGUGAAGGAUGGGCUGAAUGGGCAAGCAGAACUAACGAAGGCUAAGGAGGCACUAGAGAAGCUGACGAAGGGUGGUGGAGCACUAGAUAUAUUAGUGAAAAAUGGUAAUGAUGCUGGGUCAUUACAGCAGAUAUCUAAUAGUGGACAAGAGUGGGAGAAGGAUUACAGUAGUGCCAAGGACAGGAUUAGUGAGGCUAUUAGUAAGGUACGGGAUGCAUUGGAGGCAUUAAAGAAUGAACUAAAAGAUAAGAAUUCAAUGCUGAAGGGUGGCCUAGCGGAUUGGGCUACUGCAAAAUUUCAACAAGCUAUAGAUCAGAUCAAAGACAUAUGCAACGCUGCCAAGUGCACUCCAUGUGAAUCACACUUCACCAAGUGCGGCCAACCAUCAAAUCCCACUGUCUGUCAGACCUGCCUCCAACCCACUACCACUGGUGUCCCCUCCCCCCUCCAGGCAUUCCUAGAGGAUAGGUUACCUGGUUUUAGUUGUAGAGAGGUACUCUACAGUGAGGACAACGACAAGUAUCCACCUGCUGCAUCCCACUUGGGACACUGUAAUGGCUCAGGCCAGUGCUGCCCAUUGCCAAUGGGUUUCAGAAAUAACUUCCAGGACGGUGUCACCCAUACUGGCGCCAGACUCUAUGGUAUCCUGUACUUCUUCAGUAACGGUGACAUGAUGCAGUCUUGUGUUUAUACACUAGUGAGGGUCACAGCAGCACUCAGUGCCACGACACCGCAGGUAUUGGGUGAUGUCUUUGGGUUCUUUAGGGGUGGUGUAGGAAAUAAAGAGGAGGGGAAGAACAAGAAGGACCAGAACAAGAAAUGUGAGCACGAUAAAGACCCAUCUAAAAAAGAAGAUGAUGACUACAUUUGUGGGUGGUGUGCCUCCGGGUUGCGCCAAGAGGUACAAAAUAUAGGGUGGAUACCACAGAAGGAGGGUGAUGGAGGACAGUAUAGAGGCACAGUAGGACAAGCACUGAUAGAUAUUAAGGGUGAUAAAGGGGAUAGUGCUACUCUAAUGUCCACUACUACUCCCACCACCACUUCCCUCUCAACACUCACUGACAGUAACCACUACGUAUCCCCCCUAACCGGUGAACUCUAUACGGCAGUGAGUGCCACCUUCGGUGGAACGUACCUCUCAUGGGUACUGUAUCUAUCAGAUGCACUUCAUUCAGGACUAGAGUCACUCUCUGAGGCAUUCCGUAAUAUUGAAUGCCGGGGCUGUAAGGGACAGUGUGACCCCAAUAAGUGCAAGAAGGGAGAGCACGGACAGAAGAGUGAUGCAGGUAGCGCCGGACUAUGCCAGUGCCAAUCAAUCGUAUCAUGUACCGGGGUACUGCCGGUAUUGUAUAGACAUGGCUUCAGCUACGGUAACCCAUUCAAUCUGGAGGGGUACCAACAGAGGGAUAAGGACAAGGGAGAUUAUAGCAUCACAGAAAGGAGUGACAAGACUACUAAGCAUUGCCACGAGUUCCUAGAGAGCCUGGAAAAAGUACUAGAGGACAAGCAGGAAGACACCUCUCAGGACCACCCCCUCACCAAUCUCCUCUCCCAGGUCGGCCAACUCCAAUACGACAUACGGCUCCCGUGGAUCUUUGUACUGACCUUGGCGUGGCUCUUAGCGGUAAUGUACCUUGCCUUUGGUGCCAUAUGGCCACUGGACUGGACACAUAUGAGGUCGCAUUGGUUACGGGGUGGAGAACACCAGUGGCAGUGUAUGUGGUAUAAGGUUAUGACGGGACGCAAAGGAAUGGAACUGGUGGAGUAUUUUGGUAGAAAGGAGAGGAAUAUUGUGUAAUAGUGUAGAAGCAGUG